AGGCCGGUUAACUUGGAGACCAGGUCUGCCAACCAAUCGUGAGUGAGUAUUUUUCGCGCUGAUUGGGAUUAGAGUUCCUGCAACCAUUGAAUAGAGUUGCAAAAACUCACGGCUCGGAAGAUGCUGCAAACAGUUUGAUUGUGAUUGGAAACAACUGGACUGAAUGGAUCUGAAUGUGAAGGGCAGCUCUCUUCCGUCAAUGCCGGAACAUCUAACACCUGUCAGCAUGAAACAGGUCCCAGAGGCCUUGGGCAGCAGAAAGAACCUGGCGGCCACAGAGAUUAGUGCCGACCCAACGAUCCUCAUGGACAAAGCUGCCGCGCAGUUAGCUGCCACCUUGCAAGAAGGCGUCCUGCACAAAAUCAACGGGCACGACCCUCUGACCGAGACCCUGAAAGACUUGACCUCCCGGGUGCUGAAUGGGGAGCAGGACAAGGUGGCCAAGCUAUGUGUGGAACCACUGGUCUUAAAAGGAACCGAGUCACCCCCACAGCACACCAGCCCCCAGAAAAAGAGCGAAUCACCUGAAAUAAAGCUGAAGAUCACUAAAACAGUCUCCAACGGGAAGCCCCGAUUCGAGUCCUGCUUCUGUGAGGACGAGGCUGGUGUGACCGUCCAUGCCACCGCAACUGAGAAAAGGAAGGAUGGAAAAAACAAAGGCAGAAUGAAGCGGAAGAGAAACCUUAAGUUUGACCAGCAGCUGGAGCCAGAGAGCUCUCUGGUGCUGCUACAUCCACCACCACCACCAGUGAAGACAUCAUUGCCACCAUCGGAUAACCCAGAAGAGAUUCAAAAGGGGUCCCAUAAAGACGGAGAGGCUGCCCUCCCAUUGAAGUUCGGUGUAGGGGAUGUGGUCUGGACGAAGGUGUCUGGGUACCCCUGGUGGCCUUGCAUGGUUGCAACGGAUCCAAAUCUGAAUCAUCACGUUAAACUGAAAGGACAGAACAGCAGGACUUCAGUGCAAUAUCAUGUGCAGUUCUUGGGGAAUGCUCCCGAAAGGGCCUACAUAUACGAGAAGAGCAUCUUCCCCUUUGAGGGGCAGGAGCAGUACGAGGGCCUGUGCCAGGAGAGUGCCAAGCAAGCCACAUCCAGGAGCGAGAAAAAAAAGUUGCUCAAACCAGUUUCAGUGAAGUUGCGUACACAGUGGGAUUUUGGCAUCACCCAAGCGCAAGAAGCCCUGGGGAUGACGCUGGAGAAGCGGGUGGCCAAGUACACAUUCGUCUACGAGAACAAGAGGCCCAGGCUGAACCCGCGGGUGCUUCUGGAGGUGGGGAUCGAAGCGGGGCCUUGGGGCGAGACCAGCAGGACAUCGGAGCCGGAAGAAAGAGAGGCAGACGCAGACUUGGUGCUGCCCAGUGACAAACCAGCAGUACAGAACAACUUUUCCAGCAAACGCACUAGCACUUCAAGGACUAAAAAGACUCCUCUGAAAAAGGCAUCUGAAAGGACAGAAUCAGGGAAGGGCCGCAGUACCCCAGUUAAUAAAAGGAAAAGCAGGGCAGCCUCCACUCCCAGGAGACGGAAGAACGCAGCACAGCCAGCCAGCCAGGUGGUUGCAGAACCCCCUGAUGUUUGUAAUGAAAGUGGCGAUAAAGACUUGCUUCAAUCCGUGAUCCGUCCGCAGAGCGGCAAGAAGAAAGCUGGGGUUAAAACCAAGGCUGUACCUGGGAAGGCUCCGGCUGAUGUCACAUCUGUUCCAGGCCCAGUUGGCCAAAAGACCAAACCCAGCACUCUUCAGGGAAAUAGAAAAAGGUCAAGAAACGAAGGAAAGGCAGAAGUAAAACAAACAAAAAGCCUGAAAAAGAGGCCCUUGGAUGUUACAGAAGACUCUCCAGCACAACCCAAGAGAGUCAAACGGGACUGCAGUCAGAAUCGCAAGAAGAACCCAGUUAAACAGUUGAAAUCAAAACCUGCUGCAGAGACCAAAGUAUCACCAGCUGACUCGGAUGUCCAGAAUAGCCAGUCUGAAAGCAAACUGUUGGACAAGUGCAAGCCCCUGAAGAAACGGAAGCACUCGUCUGCGGGAGGGGAAGCGCUGCUCGCUGCGGCCCCCCCUCCAGCCUCCUGCACGGAACACGAGACCUCCUCUGACGGACACGGGGACGAGCGCCCGGAGUCUCCUUGUGAAAGUGUCGACGAGAUUCAGACAGAGGCCUCUGUCUCCUCCAGGAAGACUGAGCGAGGAGGGAAUGUGAAAAAGGACAAUAUGUGUCAGGUUUGUGAAACUAUUGGCGAUUCACUGAUGCUGUGUGAAGGGCAGUGCUGUGGCCAUUUCCACUUGAAUUGCUUGGGGCUGACUGAGAAACCCGAAGGAAAGUUUCUGUGUUUUGAAUGCACCUCUGGAAUCCACUCAUGCUUUGCGUGCAAGAAGAGCGAUGGGGAGGUGAAGCGCUGCAUGGUUCUCCAGUGUGGUAAAUUCUACCAUGAAGACUGUGCAAGGAAGUACCCUCCGUCUGUGUUUAUGAACAAGGGCUUUCGCUGCCCCUUACACUGCUGCGUCAGCUGCUUCGUCAGCAAUCCCUCAAGCCUCAAAUCUACUAAAGGUAAAAUGGUGCGUUGUGUGCGCUGCCCUGUCGCCUAUCACUCGGGGGACGUGUGCAUUGCUGCAGGAUGUGAGGUCCUGGCCUCGCACAGCAUCAUCUGCACCAGCCACUUCACAGCCAAGAAAGGGUACAGCCACCACGCGCACGUCAACGUCAGCUGGUGCUUCGUCUGCUCCAAAGGGGGCAGUCUGUUGUGCUGUGAGGCCUGUCCUGCUGCUUUCCACCCUGACUGUCUCAAUAUAGAGAUGCCCGAUGGCAGCUGGUACUGCAACGACUGCAAGGCUGGCAAGAAGCCCCAGUACAGAGACAUCAUCUGGGUCAAACUGGGCAACUACAGAUGGUGGCCGGCCGAGAUCAGGCACCCACGGAGUAUCCCCACAAACAUCCAGCACCUGCGCCACGAGAUCGGGGAGUUUCCCGUGUUCUUCUUUGGCUCCAAGGAUUACUUCUGGACACACCAGGCCCGCGUCUUCCCCUACAUGGAGGGCGAUCGGGGGGGCAAAUAUCUAAAGAUGAAGGGCAUUGGCAAAGUCUUCAAAACAGCUCUACAGGAAGCAGAAAAGCGUUUUCUGGAGAUCAAAAAGGAACGAGAAGCAAAGGAAGCUCAGGAGAAUGAGCGCAAACCACCGGCCUACAAGUACAUCAAGGUAAACAAGCCCUGUGGGAAGGUCCAGAUCUACACUGCAGACAUCUCCGAGAUCCCCAAGUGUAACUGCAAGCCUUUGGGCGAGAGCCCGUGUGGCUUUGAGUCGGAGUGCUUGAACAGGAUGCUGAUGUACGAGUGCCACCCGGCUGUGUGCCCGGCGAGAGAGCGCUGCCAGAACCAGGGCUUCACCAAGCGCCAGUACCCAGAGACCAAAAUCAUCAAGACUGCGGGCAAAGGCUGGGGGCUGGUGGCCAAGAGAGACAUAAAAAAGGGGGAGUUUGUGAAUGAAUAUGUGGGGGAGCUGAUAGAUGAAGAGGAGUGCAGAGCAAGGAUUCGAUAUGCGCAAGAGCACGAUAUCUCUCAUUUCUACAUGCUGACCAUUGACAAGGAUCGGAUCAUUGAUGCUGGCCUCAAAGGGAACUACUCUCGCUUCAUGAACCACAGCUGCCAGCCCAACUGUGAGACGCAGAAGUGGACAGUGAAUGGAGACACACGGGUGGGAUUGUUUGCUGGCUGUGAUAUUCCAGCAGGGACAGAGUUGACCUUCAAUUAUAACCUUGACUGUCUGGGCAAUGAGAAGACUGUCUGCAGGUGUGGAGCUCCAAAUUGCAGUGGGUUUCUUGGAGACCGGCCUAAGAAUGCAACCAGCAAUACCUCAGAAGACAAAGGGAAGAAAGGCAAGAAGAAGCUGAAGAGGCGCAAGUCUCGUAACGAAGUGAAGAAGCAGUCUGAAGACGAGUGCUUCCGCUGUGGCGAUGGGGGAGAACUUGUGCUCUGUGACAAGAAGACCUGCACUAAGACCUACCACCUCUCCUGCCUUGAUCUCACCAAGCGUCCUUUCGGGCGAUGGAACUGCCCGUGGCACCAUUGCGAUGUCUGUGGGAAAAACUCUGUAGCCUUUUGCCAGAUCUGCCCAAACUCCUUCUGUAAAGAGCACCAGGAGGGGGCGCUGUGCAAGUCACCAAUAGAUGAACAGCUACGCUGCUUUGAACACGAAGAUCUGGUCCAAAGCCACACUCAGGAAAUUGUGGAACAGGAACCAGAACCACUGUCAGAGAAGCCAACUGGGAAGUCCAAGCCAACCAGGAACUCCAGAAAAAGCUUAGGCUGAGCACUAUAGAGUGGGAGAGAGACUAAUUGCAGUUCCAAGCUGCUAACACUAUUCUGUACAUAUAAAACACACCACUUCCCACAGUGAAUGUUUAUCAGUACUGUACAGCUUACUGUAUUUUCAGGGGAAACAAAUCUGGUUUAAAAAAUAAAUUAAAUGAAUACAUCUGCACUGAUACUCAACUGUGGUAAGCACAGACUAAAGGGAAACAAAAGCUUCAACUUUACAGCAUUACAGUUUACACUUGAAUUAUUUUAUUUAACAAACUUUUUUCUGGAAAAUAUAAUACGGUAGAGGUAUAUAUUUAAGUCCAUAAUAAUAAAUAAGACUGGAAGUUUUUAGAGUUGCAUAAACAUUUUACCAGCUGAUCACAGUGUUUUAAGAAUUGUAAUAUCUUUAAACAAAAAAAGACACUAUUAGUAGCUCUUGAUUUCUGUCUUUCUGUCCUGGUGGAGUUUACAUUUAAGUUAUAGUAAUACUUUAAUUGUUUGUAGUUUUUUUUUGUUUUUUUUUUUGGUAGCUCAACUGGUCUUUAUGAAGAAUAGUAGGAAACAUUUUUGCAAUACUUGUUCAGGGUUACCAGACAUCCCUACUGCAGUGAAACUAAUAUUAAAAAGAAAACAAACGUUUUAGUAAUCUGUUCAUGUCAAGUUUAUUUACACAUGACUUUUUUCAAAGUGAUUCUAGCAAACUCUGUCAGCAGUGACCAGCCUGCUGCUAAUUCUUCCGAUAUCUCUCUGAAAGCACUUCUGUUGUGAGAACACUGGUACAGUAUCAUAAGCAGCUGGGAUUCACUCCACAUAGGGGCUUGGCAGCUAUCUUCACAUUGCAUUAGUGCAUCAGUAAAUGCAGGGAUGAGAAUUAAGGUUUUUUUGUUGUUUUUUUUUUAUAAAUUUGGAUUUGACUAAAUAUUUCUUUCUCUUGAGGCUGUGGCUCCUAAUUAUUAUUAUUAUUUUUUUCUAAAAUAGCACAGUCCAAAGGAACGUGCACAGUAGAUUUCUCCACUGGAGGUGUUGGGGAACCUCCUAAACCAAUAUUUUUAUUUUAUUUUAAAUAUUUGUGUUUGUUUGUUUCUCUCCCUGUGUUUAUGGUAAGCUAAUGCUUCAUGAAUAUGGUCGUGGUUGCUCUGUACACAAGUAAUGAAUUCACAUGUUAAGAAAAGCUACCUGGGGUCAUUUUAAGUUGGGGUACUGGGAAUAAGGUCUCUAAAAAUGAACUCUAGUUGUAGUUAAGGUUAACAGUGAACAAGCAAUGGGGUGCAUAAAGAAGGUCAGGAUUGCUUUCUUGAAUUAGAAACACCAGGAGUGAAAUCGGUACUGACUGUGUAACACGGGAUCAUGCCCAAUCAUGCAUGAUCAAUAACUCUUAUAUACUGUACGUAUCUGUACAAUAUUGUAACUGCUUUUAAUCGGUAUGCUGCAGGAAGCACCACUCAGGCAGAAACCACUCUACCUUCAAACCAGAAACCUCAAUGUUCAGGUUUUUUCCAGUUGUGGAUUCCUCUAGUUUGAGUUUUUACUGCCAGUAGUUUUCAGGCAUACAUUAACACUUUAUUUUAUUUUUUUGAAUUUAUUUUUUAGAGAUUUACAAUUUGUACAUUUUCUAUUUUAAAAUAAAUGUGCAUUCACUGUGUACACAAACUGUC